AUGUCACACUUCAAUUGGACACUGGACACGGGCACAAACUAUCAUAUAUUGCGCACGGCCUGCUAUCCGUAUAUGAAAUAUCACUGCAGUAAACGGGAAGUUCAGGAUCUCUCACUGGAAGACAAAUUUUUUCGUUUCCUGAAGGUGAUCAACCUGGGAUUACCAAUGCUCUUCUAUGGACUCGCUGCAAUCCGUCUAAUUAGCCAUACAGAAAUCGUUCGGGUCAGUGAAAAAGUGGAGGUGCCAAUCUACUUUCUAUAUGCGGAGGAUAAGGGGUCUAGAUUUUGAAUUUUUUGGAAUUUUUUUCAAAUACUAUGUUCUGAAGUCUGG